UUGAAGCACCGCGUCAUAGUCAAAUAGAUUCAGUUCAGUUCAGUUCAUUACAUUUACUUUCCAAAACCUGCAAUGCUCAAUAAAAUAAUGGCGGUUUAGAGAAAGAAAAAGUCUGAAAGGAAGCGAACUUUAACGACAAUGACAGAUUGGUCUAAGUUACCUGCUGAUGUUUUGGGGCUUAUUGCAAGACGGCUGCAUUUUGUGGAAGAUCGUCUGAGGUUUGGCUUGGUCUGCAAGUCAUGGAGAAUGGUUAUGCUUCAAACGGAUAGAUUUUCGUGCUCUCUGCUUCCUUGGUUGAUGCUGACAGAGAAGGAAGAAAGUGAUAUGCGACGAGUUUACAGUCCUUUCAAUGAUAUGGUUUAUGAGCUUUCUUUGCCAGAAAUCUGUGGUAGGCGAUGUUGGGGUUCACCUCAUGGUUGGUUGGUUACUCUGGAUGUUGCAUAUAAUAUGCAUUUAUUGAAUCCCCUGUCGCGUGUCCAAAUUUUUCUCCCACCACUACAUAAAUGCUCAAAUCUGGAAAAUCUCGUUUGCUGUCCUGAAACAUUUCGCAAUACAUAUGUGUAUAAAGCUGUUCUGUCUUCAGAUCCAUCUUCAGCAAACUGUGUAGUUUUGGCAAUCUAUUCUGACAAUAAGAUGGCUUUUACAAAGCCAGGUGAUGUAGCCUGGACCCCAUUGCACUGUGGUCCUUCAUUUGUCAGUGAUGUCAUUUAUUUUGGUGGGAACUUCUAUGCUGUUGAUUCGUCUGGAAACAUUACAAUCUGUGAUUCAAAAGGCUCUCAUUUAAAGACCGUAUCUUUACCAGUACAAGAGGUAGAUAAUGAGCUUGGUGAAACCUCUAUAUAUCUUGUGGAGCUAGGAGGUCAUAUACAUGUGGUCCAAAGAAUUAUGUAUGACACAAAAAUUUAUGAUCUCCCAGUUCUCAGAACAUGGAAUUUUGUAAUUUACCGGGUGGAUGUCUGCAACGAAAAGUGGGAGGAAGUGAAGUCUUUGGGUGACUGGUCUAUCUUUAUUGGAAGCAAUCAUUCUUUCUCCAUUUCAGCUUCUGAUUACCCAGAGUGCCUUAGGAAUUGCAUAUAUUUCACUGAUGACUAUUCUGGACUGUAUUACAAUACUACAACUUACUUGACAUAUGACAUAGGUACCUAUGACUUGGAUGGCCCCAGGAUACAAACUUUUCUUCGAGAGGAUGUUUCUCGUUUCAACUUUUCUCUUCCGGUUUGGAUCAAGCCCAGUGUGAGUUCGACUCCCAUCCAAAACAUGCAACAAACAUGGAUACAUAUUGGUGCUGCAUCAGAAAGCCUUGCUGGUGCAAAUAAGCUAUCAAUGUAACAAUUGUAGGGUGCUGCUCAGAUCAAAUGGAGUGUGGAAUAGAAAGAGCAGCAGCAGGUGGAUACAAGUUGAACAAGUUACUGAUGUGACGAAAUGAACAACUUAUGACGCUUGUGAAGAUAUCGCACCUUGAAAAUGGUCUUCUUUUUGUUGUUGCUUGAUAAGACAAGUGGAAUAGGUGCUAAAGCUAUAACUAUUUUGUAUUUUGAUAUGUAGUCGAAUAGAUCGACUCUGGAUCUGAAAGGUUUGACUAUGGGUUUGCAUGUGAUACAGCUUUCUCUUUGUAAUCCGAAGAUUGUAUCUGAUAGCAAAAGCUUUUGUGGUGAAGCUAAUGUUAACGUGUUUAUCGCUGUA